UCUGCUUUUCCCCAAGGGCCCUCCUGGCUCUCAGCCGUCUCCACACGCCCAGCCCCCCACACACAAUCCCAACGCCCCCAUGAUGGGCCCUCACAGUCAGCCCUUCAUGUCCCCUCGGUACCCAGGAGGCCCCCGACCAUCCCUCCGAAUGCCAAACCAGCCACCCGUGGGAGUCCCGGGCUCCCAGCCGCUGCUGCCCAAUGCCAUGGAUCCAUCCACGCGGGCUCAGGGCCAUCCGAGCAUGGGGGGCCCAAUGCAGAGGAUGAAUCCGCCCCGAGGAAUGGCGGGCAUGGGGCCUCAGAAUUACGGCAGCGGGAUGAGGCCUCCCCCCAAUGCCCUCGCUGGCCCCGGCAUGCCAGGGAUGAACAUGGGUCCAGGAGGACGGGGGCCAUGGCCUAACCCCGGCGCCAACUCAAUAGCGUACUCCUCCUCCUCCCCGGGCAACUAUGCGGGUCCUCCAGGAGGAGGCGGCCCCCCUGGAACUCCCAUCAUGCCUAGUCCUGGAGACUCAACCAAUUCCAGUGAGAGUAUGUACACCAUGAUGAACCCCAUUGGGCCAGGCAGCAACAGGCCCAACUUCCCAAUGGGCCCUGGGCCCGAGGGCCCCAUGGCAGCAAUGGGGGCAAUGGAACCGCACCACAUGAACGGCUCAUUAGGCUCAGGUGACAUGGAUGGGCUGUCCAAGAACUCUCCGAACAACAUGGCCGGCAUGAGCAACCCCCCAGGCACCCCACGGGACGACGGCGAGAUGGGCGGGACCUUCCUCAACCCCUUCCAGAGUGAAAGCGUAAGCGACCGUGCCAACCCUCCCCCCGCGUCGGGCAGGAGGGGCCUCGCGGGCAGGCCCAAGCGCGGUGGCCGGGGGGCCAGAGCAAGACCGUGACCGCCGGGCCGGGCCGAGGGGCACCAGUACUCCCCCAGCUUGACCAUGAGCGUGUGAUGAGGACGGCCCGGCCCUCGGCCCCAGCCCCCUUGUAAACUUGUGUAUUUAAGGACCGGAUACACCCCUUUCCCUCCUCUUCCCCCCAUGUACCUCCCGCCCCCCAUCCUCUCAGACCUCGCCCACGGGCACCCGCUGGGCUGCUGGCAUCUGGGCAUCCGGGGCCGGCUCCCUCAUCACCCCAGCCUCGUGGCCUCCCGCCGGGGCGAGCCCCCACCCGUCGGUCUUUCAGGGCGCGGGGGCGGGAGGUAUCCGAGGCACUUCGGACAUUUGGACAGAACGAGGAACGGGCUGGGCCGUCCCUUCCGCCUGGGUCCGCGCUGACCUUCUGACGGCCCCACCCUUGCUGAAGUGACCCUGGCUGGGGGGAGGCACUGCGGCCUUUGAGGCCCGGAGCUGCCCCCCACCCCUGUGCCCCCCGGCCUGCGGGCCCGACGUUCCAUGCACCAACAACUUUACUUUUAUACCGCGAGGACCUCAGAGACAGACAGAUGGACCGGAGUCCACCCCCCCAGCUGUACAGCCCUCCCCCCGCUGGGGCCACCCGGGCCAUCUGCGUGCAGGGCUGGCGGCUCAGGCUAUCUCGGCUGCCAGGGCUGUGAAGACGGAGCCAUGGAAAGGUGGGGUGGGCGGGGGGAGGGCGGGGGAACCUGCAUCAAUAAAUGGAAUUUGACAUUUUUUUCA